UCCCGUCGCGUCGCGUCGCCGUUCAUUCCGUGACAGUGACAGUGCAGACGCAGAGCUUCGGUCGGUCGUUCCGUUCCGACAUCUUUUUCAUCGCCCAGGACGCUGCUGAUUUUCGAGUCCGUAUUUUUGCCAAGCCAACGUUUCCGUUCCGUGACGACGGCACAUAAUGGCAAAGAAUAAUCAUCUGCUGAUCAAGAGCGACGUGAACAAGGAUGAGCAACUUAUCGCGCUGGUGGAGCAAAAUCCGGUCCUGUACACACAGACCCAUCCGAAGUAUAUGGACUCCAAGUACAAGCAGAAGGUUUGGGACACUAUCGGAGCGUUCAUAGAGGAAGACACUUUGGCAUGCAAAGCCCGUUGGUACAACAUUCGCGACAACUACCGUAAAUCGAUUCGGAACAAUCUCACCCGAAGCGGUUCCAAGAAGGCCAAGCUGUACAAAUAUACCGAACAGUUAAGUUUUUUGAGUAAUUAUGUGGAAGAACUGAUGCGAGAUCACGUGACCAUCAACAACGACGAUCAGGAGACUCGAUCCACGUUGCCAUCCCCUACGCCACCUGAUGAGGAACCAACUGUGGAGAACGAAGAGUAUCUAGAAGAUGCCAUUAUGAAAGAGGAAGUCACUUUCACUGACAAUGAGUACUCGAAAGAUCCACUCACUACUUUGGAAGCAACGCCAUCUACCCGUCAAACCACUUUAGUAGAUAAACCAAGCGCGUCGAAAGAUACACGAUCAUCCAAGAUCGUCCGAAGAGUUAUGCGACCCGUGUACAAGCGCGUGAUCCACACACCUGGCAAUCAGUACAGUGCCACAACCGUCAGCACAGCAGAGCCAUCUACCAGUGAAAGCGCCAAUCGUGUGAUGGAAAUGCUCGCCAAAAAGGUAAUCUCGACCGCGGAAAGUCACGAUCCGGUGGAUGCGUUUCUGGCGGGACUUUCCCCAACGUUGAAAACCUUACAUCCGAUCUACCAGAAUCUGGCCAAGUCGGAAAUUUUUGCAACCGUGCAAAAGUACGAGAUCAAGCAACUGACCGAACCUUCGCCAAGUUCUACGGUGUUCUUCACGGAUCAACAGGCUCGAAAGUGAAGCUGUGGGACCCCGAUUGUGCGUCCAACAACGGUUUGUGAUAGAUGGAUGAGGAAUAGGAGAUUUUAGAAUUAAGGAAUAAACUACGGAUACAUAAUAUAA